CGCGUCUCUCAUUAGGUGGAAGACCGGACAGGCGGAGAGAGAGCACAGAUAAAGGGAGGGGUGGGCACACGAUACAAAACAACUCAAUCGUUCACCCUUUUAAAACAAACUUGGCUCGGUUCUACAAGGGUACUUUCCGUGAUGUGGAGCGUGAAGUCCUACUUGCUACAAUAGGCAUUGUAAUGACAAAAAAUAAAUUUGGAACCACUUCGGAAUUGAGCUAUUUGGAUUAAUAUCUCCUCAGUUGUGUACAGAAUUUCAGACAAGAAUCGAUCGAAGACAAUGUUGGCAGAGGGCAGAGAGUCCCCAGUCUCUUCCAUUUCUCAUGCUGAUAGUGACAAUGGGGAGGAGGAAUCGUGCACGCGCAUGGCCCUGCUAAACGGCGUAGACCAGAGUCGCCGACACCGGACAGCGUUCACGCGGGAGCAGCUCGCGAGCCUCGAACAGGAGUAUUGCAAAGAGAGUUAUGUGUCACGGGCUAGACGGUGCGAACUGGGGGCGACCCUUAACCUGCCAGAGACAACCAUAAAGGUCUGGUUCCAGAACAGAAGAAUGAAGGAUAAGCGACAGCGCCAUAGUCUUAGCUGGCCUCACCCACUGGACCCAAAUCUGUGUGCCUUUAUGGUGAGCCAGGCAGUGACAGGGCUGCCAUACCCACUGUUUCCCCACAUUCCCCUGCAACUGUACUCUCAACUGGGUGUGGCAGGUUUGCCAAGUCUCCCCGGUCUGUCUAGUCCCUACAGUGCUGGCUGUGUGAGACCAAUGAACACUGUAUUACUUCCACACUCACCCUACACCAGGAUUGCUGGGCUUCAUUCUCCGGUCCUCUACCCUCCAUUGCCCACAAUGCAGCAUCCUAAAACCUGUCCCUGCCCUUACUGCCUCCACUGGUCUCCACCAGAACAAGUACACAAAGCUAGGGUUGGAGCAGGUUUUGGGAUGAAUCUACCCAGUAGCUCAGAACCCUCAGUUGCGCUAUUAGAUUGUCGGGAAGAAAUACAUUUGCCCCAGUGAAGAAAUUGUCUUAUUUAACAGAAGGCCUUAUGUAUUACUCAUUCUUGAGUAGACAUGUAUUAGUUUAAGGUUAAAACUAAAUUCUACAAAAAGGCUCAUUUUCAGGGGGAAAGAUAAUUCAUCCAUCUCAAAAAAGGAGAACUGCAAGAGCACAAUAAAUGGAUCUAUGAAAUGUAAAUGAAAGAACACUGAUUUACCUGUGAUGCACAAAUGUUAUAGUGUAUUUUUUUAGUUUUAAUGACGAAUGUUUUUAGAUCUAAAAAAGUAAUGAUUUGGUAUUUUCUUGUCAUUUAAAACUUUGCUGCUCCAAAUUGCUGUCAUAAAAU